UAGAGGCUGGAGUCCUGCCUAGGGACAUCCUUAGCCGACGAUAUAACUGAGUGAGUAUCCACGACGUGCAAAUCCAGUGGCGCUUCCCCAGACCACAUCAGGCACUCCAAGAACAAGUCAAAUCAGCACACAACUGGAUUGAGGCAUGAACACAACCUGGGUAGCUAAUGAUGUAAAAACCCAGAACGAUAGGCAAAUCCGCUCAACUGGAUUAAUUUUCGCAAUAUUGUUCCUGAUCCUUUGUACAUGCCAGGUUACAGUGUCUUUGUCUUCUGAUGUAACUGGAAGUGUCUUGAUUCGAGACUCCUCCAUUGGGAUCUUGACAACAUAUUGGGCAACAAGUCCCAAAACCGGCAAGGUGUCCUGGGGCAAUUUUCGAGCCCUAGAGACGAGACUAACGUCAGUGUAUGACCGAAACCAAGAGAAAGGAUAUGUAAUUUCCAAAAUUGUUCUGUCUCGACAAGCUUGGGUUGCAAAUGAAAGAUUUCAAAUCAUGUUUUUUCGUAAACGAUUACUGGAUGCCAUUGCCGUAAAUCCUCUCGAUAUACUUAGGAACGGACGUCAAGCUUACCAGGAAGGUGGGGUCAUUCUCUAGCUCUGUGAUCGGGUACCCCCGGCACCAUAUUUUGGCGAGGUCGAAAGCGUGGAGAGCACCUGGGUAACCACGGACUCGCAUCGUGGAGGGAUCACAUUUACGUCAAAACAAAUUAACGACGCCUAUUCAGUGGUCCGUGUA